AGCCGCUGAACAGGGCGUUUGUUACGGGAGCGACGUCACAUCUCAAUGUCGGCGUACACAAACACUCUCCAGUGCAGGUCCUCCUGAGUGUGUGGAAUGGCAAUCUCUAUUGCAAUCCUAGACUGUGACCUGCUGCUGCAUGGCCGUGGGCACAAAACACUUGAUCGAUUUGAUAUCGAGACAGUGUCAGAUGAAUUCCUGCUGACAACAUUUGGCUUCCCACGUGAGUUCAUUUAUUAUCUGGUGGAACUGCUAAAGGACAGCUUGUUGAGACGGACACAGAGGUCACGAGCCAUAAGCCCAGAUGUUCAGAUACUCGCAGCCCUGGGAUUCUACACAACCGGGUCCUUCCAGAGCAAGAUGGGCGAUGCGAUCGGCAUCAGCCAGGCCUCCAUGAGUCGUUGUGUUUCUAACGUCACUAAAGCUCUGAUUGAGAAAGCACCAGAGUUUAUUGGCUUCACUAGGGAUGAGGCCACCAGGCAGCAGUCUAAAGAGGAGUUUUACCGAAUAGCAGGAAUUCCUAAUAUCAUGGGAGUAGUGGACUGUGCACAUAUAGCCAUUAAAGCUCCCAAUGCAGACGACUCUUCCUAUGUAAAUAAAAAAGGAUUUCACUCAAUCAAUUGCCAAUUAGUAUGUGAUGCCAGAGGACUGCUGCUGAGUGCUGAGACACAUUGGCCAGGUAGUCUGACAGAUAGAACUGUCUUUAAGCAAUCCAGUGUGGCAAAGCUUUUUGAAGAGCAAGACAAUGACGAAGGUUGGCUUUUAGGUGACAACCGUUACCCUCUGAAGAAGUGGCUGAUGACUCCAGUCCAGAGUCCAGAGUCCCCUGCUGAGUACCGCUAUAACCUGGCCCACACAACGACGCAUGAGAUUGUGGACCGCACAUUCAGAGCCAUUCAGACACGUUUCCGGUGUCUGGAUGGGGCAAAAGGUUACCUGCAGUAUUCUCCAGAGAAAUGCUCCCAUAUCAUCCAAGCCUGCUGUGUACUACAUAACAUUUCCCUGCAGUCUGGCCUUGAUGCCUGGACUUUUGAGAGGACUGAGGCCACGGACCAAUCAGGGGAGAAUAUCGAUCUCAAUGACACUGUCGACCCAGAGGCUCUCAGAGUUCGACAGGAACUCAUCCAAAAUCAUUUCAGUUAGGAUGGAAUUCACCAUUUAAUUGUUUUAAAGAUACACAUUGUUAUUGUUUUCCUGUAUGCAAACAUUUUGUUCAGGGAUGGUCCCUC